GCAGUUGGCAACUUGCAGUACUUCCUCAUCCUGACUGCUGUAUGGAGGUGAAAGCCGUUGCUCCUGGCCCUGCAUUUUCCCCCUCAGACUCUUUAGAGCUCAACAACAAAGAAAUAUUUUGUUCAUUUUUGCUGCAAGGUACUCAGGCACAAGGUAGACUAUAGGACAGCGCCCAGCACCAAAAACGUGUAGUCCGCUGACACCUAGCCAUGAUGAAAACGGGCGCCACCAAAGUGGGGCUGCCCAAGCCUGGACUCCAGGAACGAGUGAGGCAGGCCCCCUCGACGUCCUCUGCCUCCACCACCUCCUCAGCCAUGAAGACCUCCAGAUCUUCCAACACGUUGGCCUCAGAUCAGCGCCUUAGCAAGCUGAAAAGAGCCAGCAGUGAUGAUGCCUUGACAAAGCCUCCACCAGGAGCUACUGCCUCCGGUUCCCGGAUGAAGAAGACUGUGACUACAGGAGCCAUUUCAGAACUCGCUGAGGCCCGCCCUCGCAGCUUGUCAGGUGUACAAACUGUCAAGAAGUCUGGAAUCCCAGCUCCUAGAGAUAUGCCCUCUGCCAUAACAAGGGAUCGCAGCUCUUUGAGGGACCAGCUGAAGAGCAAUUCCACAAAGAGACUGGUUUCCAGUGCCAGCACUUCCAGCCUCUCCACCCUGACAAGGCAGACACGUAAUUCAGCCAAAUCUCGUGCAGAUGCAGAGGGCCAAGAAAAGAGUCUUCUGGAAAGCCAGGUGAAGGAGCUUCUUGCUGAGGCAAAGGCUAAAGACCUAGAGAUCAGCAAUCUCAGGAUGGAGUUGCAACGCUGUAAGGGUAAAGCCUCUUCUGCUUCCUCCUCACCCUCAUCCAAUUCUGUUUCACCUCAAGAACCUGCAGCCAAUCGUGAGCAAGGACAGAUGGGGGAGGCCCUUGUGUUGGUUGGGGAGCUGAGGGAGAAGAAUGGGAAGUUUCAGAGGGAGCUGGCAGCCCUCAGGGAGGAGAAUCAGGCACUGAAGGAGAAGCUGCUUAGCUUGGAGGCAUCUUCUAUCUGUAGUACAAACACAAGCACCUCCUCCAACCCUUUGGUGAAUGGCCUGUCCUCAGACUCUUCAGCUCUGCAACAGCAUAGUCUCCCCUGUACUGCCAGCCUACUCAAAACCUCUGGAUCUUCCAGUUCUGACAUCACCAAGGGGUCCCCAUCACCUGACUCCUCAGAGUUUGAGAAGAUCCCAUCACACUCAGAAUCAGCAAGCAGUGGUGUUAGUGGGAGCACUGAUCAAGCAGGGGCAGUUAACAGUGCCAGAGGUCAGGACAUCUCCUUGCAGAGCCUAACUGAACAGAUUCACAAGAUGGAGGAGAGCCACCACAGCACAUCGGAGGAACUACAGGCAACAAUACAGGAGCUUGCUGACCAGCAGCAAGUGGUGCAGGAGCUAACAGCUGAGAAUGAACGUCUGGCUGAUGAGAAACGACUCCUGCAGACUUCACUCCAACAGCAGAGAGAGCGUCUGGAGGUAUUGGCCCAGAAGAAUGAAACGUUCGCUGUCCGGCUUCAGGAGCAGGCUCAGGCUCAGGCCCAAAGGGAGGAGGAGCUGGGUAGCCAGGGGCCUCGACUGGCCGAACUGGAGCAGAGGUAUGCUGAGCUGGUAGAGAGUUCACGCUUUGAACGGGAGAAGCUAGUAGACAUCCAGCAGCAACUAACAGGCAGCUUGCGGGCCCUGGAGGAGGAGCACCAGGAGGCCCAGAGCCAGGUCCGCUGCCUCAGAGAAGAGUUAGACAGGUUGCAAGCCCAGUUGGACAGAGAGCUGGAAGCUGGAGGUCAGGCAGUUCAAACUGCAGAAAAUCAGAGGGCGACAGCUGAGGGUCUGAGACUGGAAAACAGCAGGCUGAAGGCACAAGUGGACAUUGAGAGGCAAAAGGUGACUGAGUUGAAGGCUAUGCAAAGUGCUAGUGACAACACUGAGCUGCAGACUCUGCUAAAGACAGCCCACACUGAGAGAGACAAGCUGGGAGUGGAGCUGACAGAACUAAGACAGGAGCUGCUUCAGGCGCAGGCUGAGACUGAGCAUGUGCGAGCCUCUGUGUCUAAGGUGGAGGCAAAAUGCCAGCAGCUUCAGGAGCAGGCCGAGAAGAGAGAACUGGAGCUAUGUAACCAAGUGGCUUCCCUGGAGGAGGUGGGACUCCAGGCUGAGAACCAGGUGAAGGAGAUGAAGGAGACCAUAUUUGAGCUGGAGGACCAGGUGGAGCAGCAGAGGGCUGUUAACUGUCACACCAACCAAGCUGUCUUGGACAUGGAAAAUCUGGUCAAAAAGCUGGAGGAGCAGAAGGCUGAAGCAGAGCGGCAGCUGAAAGUUAUGAGUAGACAAAUGAAGGAUGAAAAGGAGGAGUGGCGUCGUUUUCAGGCAGACCUCCAGACGGCUGUGGUCGUAGCAAAUGAUAUCAAGGUGGAAGCUCAGCAGGAGCUUCGCACACUCAGGAGGCAGCUGCAGGAGGAGCAGGAUCGUAAUGCAAAGCUUUCUGCAGACCUUGAGGCCCUGCAGGGAGUCAGGUCCCAAGGUGAAGAGAUGAGAGUGUCUGACUCAGAUAACGGCCUUCACUGGUGCGGCAUCUCCAUGAUCCCGGCCACGCCCGCCGACGCCAGCGGAGAUUCCAACACGGAGCCUGGAGCUACUGUCAAAUCCCUCAUUAAGUCCUUUGAUACUGUUGGACAAAAUGGACCAGGUCACACGGUUCAAAUGCAUUCCUCCUCAAGAAGCCCACUGAGUGGGAUCCCUGUGCGCACUGCACCUGCUGCUGCUGUAUCCCCCAUCCAGAGACACUCGCACAUAAAGCCACUAUCAAAGACACUGGAAAAAAGAAUUAAUCAUGGAGAAUUCUCCCAUCCUCAUGACAAAUUGCCGAGCUGCAGGGAAGACCUGAAACCUAACAGCCUUAUGAGGAAAAGCCCGUCACUGGAGUCUGUAAUCAAAACCUCUGCCUCCCUCAGCAGCCGCACGCCAUCCUUCAGCUACAACCGAGGAAGCAGCAAGCUCAGUGUGGAAAGAAAGGACCCCUUGGCUGCACUGGCGCGGGAGUAUGGAGGAUCUAAGAGAAAUGCUCUACUGAAGUGGUGCCAGAAGAAAACAGAAGGCUAUCCGAAUAUCGAUGUGACCAACUUCAGCAGCAGUUGGAGUGAUGGCCUGGCUUUCUGUGCCCUAUUGCACACAUAUCUGCCUGCCCACAUCCCUUACCAGGAACUCAUCAGUCAAGAUAAGGUCCGGAAUCUGACUCUAGCUUUCCAGGCAGCUGAGAGCAUUGGCAUCAAACCCUCCCUGGACAUUAAGGAGUUGAUGAAGACCGACAGGCCAGACUGGCAGAGUGUCAUGCAGUACGUCUCCCAGAUCUACAAGUACUUUGAGACCUGAUGGGUAUGGAGGAGGAGCUGGAGCCUGAUGAAGGGUUUUUCUGUCCCGUCUUGUGAGCCCUACAUUCUCUUUUGAGACCAGCCUGAUGAUGCCACGUUACCCCUGCUCCUGCUCGACACUGGAAACGUGACAGAGGAAUUCUGUUAUUUAAAGCUGCCGAAUCCACAGUCGCUGCUCACGUGUUCAGACAGAGACUGGAGUCACUUUUCAGAGGCUUUCAGCAUCAACCAAGCAUUUGAUCCACAGACACACUGAUUAUGCUGAAAGACACUAUUGAAGCUAUGUAGCAGUUGACAACACAGUUUACAGAGACUUGACAAGUGAUCUAAUUACUUUUCUUCCCUCUGUACAAAAAUCAAUGCAUCAUUAAUGUUUGUUCAUUUUUCAGAUGCUGGCUGCCUCUCACCAUUAGGUACAAGGUGUUUUUUGUUUUUUAGUAAUACUGGCUGCCAGGAGACAACUGCCCAGUUUUAGAGAACUACAAAGUCUGGACUAAGUGGCUGUAGGGGUGGUGGCAGAUCAUGGCUUGUUAUGUUUGGAUAUUUGGUUUUUUGCGUUUGGUUUUGCUUUUUUCCAUGCCCUGGUUUCUUUUCUUUUUAUUCCCUACUGUAAGCUUAGUGUUAAAAGCUUCUUUGUUAGGGUUAGGAAAAAUUGUAGUUUGGGUUCAGAUGUUCUCCUUCAAAAACGUAACAUUGAAAAAUGAUGAGUAUGGGGUAGUAACUGUGUCUUUUUGACGCUAUAACCGGGUGCAUCGAGCCCUGUUGCCAAAGGGACACCUUGCAUAACUGUAACAAAGGUUUUGACGUUUGACAGAACGGGCCUAUCCAACAGCCCUGCAACGUGAGAGCUCGUCACUAACUCAGCGAAAAAGUAGAUGAUUUUUUUCUUUCCUUUCUUACACUUAUGCUAAUUGCUAAUUAUCAGCGUUGUUUGUGUGCCAACUGACCUUUAAAAAAAAAAAAGUGCCAAAUUUUCACAGCCAAUGCUCUGCUCAUAUGAGGACCAUCUAUGCAUGAUUUAAGUGUGACCUUUCUGCCUGGGUGCACAGCGUGACGUCUCCUUUCUGUCAACAUAGUGUUACGAGCAAACCCGUCUAAAACCGGCUUUUGGUAAACUGGCUGAAAUGUCGCUCACGCCUUAUUCCGAGUGUUUUUAAAGAGCUGGGCUUUUCUUUGAGCCAAGCUUUGUGGUGCAUAAAGCAUUUUCAACUGUUAAGUGUGGGUUUUUCCUUACAGAAUGGACAAACAAUAGCUGUAAUGAAGUAACACUUAAAGAGUUCCUGAAUAGUUUUCUAAAAAAAAAAAAAGUUUUAUGAAUACAGAUUGAUCUCUAUUUGCUUUGUGUACAGUAUUAAGCACUGCCUGACUUGAACCAUCAUGCUGUGCCCUCCUUCGCACUCUUAAUGCUUUCCAUCAAAAUCCUCUGAACUAUGGUUACUGCAACUGUUUGCAACAGGUCUGUAUCUGUAUUCUGCAUGCUGAAGUACAAAAGAGAGAAAAGACUUUUCUUCUAAGAGCUGAGGACAUAACACUUUCUCUCUGGUAUAUAGGCAAGCCUCUGUUUGCAGAUGUCCUAAUGUUUUAACAGGUCAAAUUGGUAUUUAUUUAGCAGACACACAUACUGCAGAGUGAGAACGUGGACAGAUACAGUAUGCAGCAGUUUUCUAUUCUUACAUGUCUGGUGGAUAUUGCUUAAUAAAGGAAUUUCAAGAUUUUUUUUUAAA